CGCCGGAGAUGCGUCUUCCCGGAAACGGGGGAGCCAAGUGGGUGGCGUGAUCGGGCCAAAAGAGGCGAGAAACGGCCCAGAGGAUUCCGGGUUGGCGAAGGAAGGAAAGGUGGCCGCCGAGCAAGAGGCGCUGCCUCUCCCGCCCGCUGCGCCGCGUCUUCCCCCGGACGCCCGUGUCCUCCUUUGCUCCGGAGGUCUGCGUCGCGGCGGCGGCGGCUGGGUUCUUCCUCGCCUCUCUCGGAAAGAAAAGUCAGCCGGAGCCGCGAAGAUGCCCUUAAAGAACCGAGGCUUUGAGGGUCCCAUGAGCCAGUGGCGGCCACCGCAGCGUUUCUCAUCCGCAGGCUGGAUGUUGUGACCGGUGUCUGGAGUGGUGGCACCUUUGGAAGGUGGCGGGGACCCUGGUCGCUUCUGCCCUGCUUGAUCCCGACUUGGUGGUGGGUCUGCCAGCCCCUUUUCUUCCCCUCUGGUGCUCCGAGAGACUCUGGUUUAUUUGUGCAGAUUAAUGGAAUGAUGGUGCGGAAAGGGCAGAGCGAUCCUGCCGGGCUCAGCGGGGGCUCCUCAGGAGGCAGCUGGAAGCGGAGUGGUGGCAGCAGUGGGGUCCCCAGAGGCAUGCGUGUGCCCCUCCGGCACCAUGGCUAGCGGCGGCUCUGGCAAGUCCACUACUGAGACAUCCACCCCCAGCGGCAGCUCUUUGCCAAGGAGGAAGCUUGUGGCCACCUGUGACCUCUGCAAGAUCAAGAUGCAACUGGUAGCGGAUCUGCUCCUGCUAACCAGCGAGAGCCGGCCUGUCCAUACAGAGAGCUUGUCCGUCUUCGGAGAAUCCUUUGAAAAGUGCAGGGACACCAUCAUCGCCAGGACCAAAGGCCUCUCCAUUUUGACCCAUGACGUCCAGAGCCAACUCAACAUGGGCCGUUUUGCCGAGGUGGGGGACAUCCUGGGGGAGAUGGGGGACUUGGUAGUCUCUUUGACAGAGUGCUCGGCCCACGCCGCUUACCUGGCGGCAGUGGAGACGCCAGGGGCUCAGCCGGCUUUACCCGGCUUGGUGGAUCGCUACAAGGUGACCAGAUGUAAGCACGAAGUGGAACACGGGUGUGGGAUCUUGAAGACCACCCCUCUGGUUGACCUAAGCCCUCAGCUCCUUUUGGAGGUCUCUCAGAACAUGUCCAAGAACUUGAAGUUCCUGACCGAUGCCUGCGUCCUGGCCAGUGAGAAGUCCAAGGAUAGGUUUGCCAAGGAGCAGUUCAAGCUUAGCGUCAAAUGUAUGAGCACCAGCGCUUCUGCGCUCCUGGCCUGCGUCCGGGAGGUCAAGACGUCCCCCAGCGAGCUGACACGCAACCGGUGCGUCUUGUUUAGUGGACCUUUGGUGCAGUCUGUGUGUGCGUUGGUGGGCUUUGCCACAGAGCCUCAGUUUUUGGGCAGAGCGGCCACCAUCAACCCAGAGGGGAAAGCUGUGCAGACGGCCAUUUUGGGCGGUGCGAUGAGUGUCGUCUCGGCGUGCGUGCUCCUUACUCAAUGCCUCAGGGAUAUAGCCCAACACAAUGACAGUAGCACCAAGAUGACUGAAUACAGGGAAAGGUUGAGGAACUCGGCGUGCGCGGUCUCCGAUGGCUGCAACCUGUUAUCUCAGGCCCUAAGGGAACGCUCGUCACCCCGGACUUUACCGCCAGCAAAUGCAAAUUCUGUGAAUUAAUCUAUUCAUUUUUAGAUUGCAUGGCCGCCUCUAACAUAAAGAUCCCUUUCCUGCCCCAGAUUUUCUUUUCGUAUACCAAAGAAUUUGUGUAGCGCAGUCCUUUAAUUCUUCUUAUUGCUAAAGUAACAGUGUGAGGAGGCUGUGAGACCAUGCUUUUUUAGCUUACAUGUCAUAAUCGGCAUGGAUGUUUUACUUGGGGAAAGGGAACAGGAAGCACAUUCCCCUCCCUCCCAAAUCUUUAAGUCAUCCGAGCAGCCUUAUAUGUAAGCGUGGAACUGCAGGCAGCUUGCAAUGGUCUAAGACAGGCAGGUAGAAUUCCAUUCAGGCAAGGGAGCAAAGGAAAACCUGCAAUACGCACUUCCUUCUGCUUGGCCCAAAAUCAAGGUCAGUUCUUGGAGGACAAGGCUCUCCCCUCUCGUAGGCCUUGUGCAAAAUGAUUUAAAUUCCCUGUUCUAUUGCCGGCUUCCAGAAGGCUCCUAGGACCUUGCCCAGGCUAGUCCCUUUGGAAUGGUUCCUUAAGGCUUGCAUCCAAGCUGGUUCUGCUUCAUUGCUUCCUUAUUUUGUUAAAGCCUGUGGUCAAGCAGGGGUUACAGUAAUCCUAGGAAAGGUUUACUGACGGGGGUCCAAGCUUUAAUCGUGCUGGAUGCGAUUUUUAAAAUGUCAGGAGAUAGGGGUUUGUGGGAGGAGGGUGGUUCUACCAAAAUCUCCUAGAUUUUAUUGCUUAGUUGAGCAGGAAGAAGAAAAAAGGAGAGAGAGAGAGCGAGAGAGAGAGAAAAAAAGUUACCUCAGUUUUUCAUACACUCUGGAAGAAAGAAAACUUUUAAGAAUGGGUGUAGCUACGAUUAUUGUUUUGUAUGGUUACUUUUGAAUCAAGUGAUGGGUUAGAAGUGCAUUUGCAGGGAAAGCUGGGUGUCAUUUUCCAAUGGGGGGGAGGAAGCUACUGUGAGUGUGUUAAAAUAGGGAUUGGGUAAAUUACACUAUAACAAUGAGUGAUUUUGAUUUUUAAUUAUUAUUUUUUCAGUGUUUUUUUUUAAUCUUGCAUGUACUGGAGUAUUUAUUUCAUCUAUUAAAAUGUUGUUUCUCAG